CUUUCUCUCUCAGCCAUUCCCAUCGGCAACUGGACGCAGCCCGACAUUGACUACAACGAACGCUUCAGCUGGGAGGGGGCGAACGAUAUGAGCGCUAAUUAUCGCUUGGCUCUGCAGCGCGGUUUGCCCUUUCCCAUACUGACGGUGGCCGAGUACUUUAGCUUGGGUCGCGAGGGCUUCUCGUGGGGUGGCCAGUACCGUGCCGCUGGCUACUUUGCCAGCAUCAUGCUCUGGGCCUCGCUGGCCUCGUGGCUGCUGAUGAAUCUGCUGCUGUUGGCGGUGCCGCGCUACGGUGCCUAUCUGAAAGCUCUGACGGGCGCCCUGCUCGUCUCCACGGCUGUGGGCUACCACUGUCUGUUGCCGCAGCGGCCGCUGUGCAUAUUCCUGGAGGGCGGCCGACUGGAGUUUCACUUUGGCUGGUGUUUCUGGCUGGUCCUGGUUGCAGGCAUUCUCUGCUUUAUUGCCGGCGUGCUGAUCUCCAUCAUUGAUCUGGUCUGGCCGCAUACGUUCUCCACUGUGCUGGAGGUCUACUAUGGCACACCGUACGAUCGCCAUGUCAUACUGGAGGAGUCGAGCGAUGUUCGCUAUCGCAAGCCGCGCAACAGUCGCGGUCUCGAGGAGCCGCCAGGCCUCGGCUCGCGCAUCUUGCGUCGCCUCAGCUCCAAGGCGCGUGAUAUGCAGCCGCAUGCCGCAGCGCCGCGACGUGGCAGUCCCGCCGGCGUCUCCAGCAACGGCGUGGAGAACAAGGCAUUUCAGGGUGAUGUGCCCAAGAGUCCGUGGCGUCAUCCCUUCCGCCGUGCCCAACAGCUGCCGCACACCUCGCACUCUGCGCCGUCGCAUCCAAUGCAUCAGCAUCACCAUCAGCAGCAGCUGCAGUUUGUGGGCGGCGGUCCAGUCGGCGCCCAUCCCAUGCACCAUAUGCAGCGCACCCUCUCACAGGACUCGGGCUCCAGCAUAGCCUCCGCUGCCGUGCAAAUAUCACCAAUGCAUAAGCAUGCCAUGGCCCGAAUGUUGCCUAAUCCGCCUGUGGAGCGCGUUCGCGAUAUGGAUCACUGGUAAACCCUGGGCGAGUCCUCAACGAAUUCUUGACAAUUCAACAAAUUCUAAUUGACAAAACAAAUGAAACUAAAACAUCAAGAACAAAAAAAA